UCCCCGGCGUGCAGCAGGUGCCCGGGUCCCCGGCCGGGGCGCGGGGCGGGUCCGUGCGGGUCCCGCCCGGUCCGGCGGCACCGCCCCCCGCGCUGCCCGGCGGGGCGGGGGCGCCGAGAGCCCCGGGCGGCCCUCGCCUCGCUCCGCUCCGGCAGCGGCCGCCGGCGCGAACAAAGGCGGCGGCGGCAGGCGGCGGUGGCGGCGCGGCCGUGCGCGGCAGCCCGCCCGCCCCUGCUUCCUGGGCCGGACCAGGCGAGGCGGCCCCCGCCCCGCCGCGAAGCGGAGCCGCCGCCGCCGCAGCAGCAGCGCCGGUCGCGGGGCGCGCUCGCCGCCCGUCGCGGGAGCUGCAUGUGCGCGGGAGCCGCGGCGGAGGAUGGCCGUGCUCAAGCUCGCCGACCAGCCUCCACUGGUCCAGGCGAUUUUCAGUGGUGAUCCAGAGGAGAUACGGAUGCUGAUCUACAAAACUGAGGAUGUCAACGCCUUGGAUGCUGAGAAAAGAACACCUCUUCAUGUUGCAUCGUUCCUGGGGGAUGCAGACAUCAUUGAGCUUCUCAUUUUGUCAGGCGCUCGUGUCAAUGCCAAGGACAAUAUGUGGCUGACUCCUCUCCAUCGAGCAGUUGCUUCAAGAAGUGAAGAAGCCGUGCAGGUGCUCAUCAAGCACUCGGCCGAUGUCAACGCCCGGGACAAGAACUGGCAGACCCCGCUGCACGUGGCGGCCGCCAACAAGGCGGUGAAGUGCGCGGAGAUCCUGAUCCCCCUGCUGAGCAGCGUCAACGUGUCGGACCGCGGCGGGCGCACGGCGCUGCACCACGCCGCGCUCAACGGCCACAUCGAGAUGGUGAACUUGCUCUUAGCCAAGGGGGCAAACAUCAAUGCUUUUGACAAAAAGGACAGAAGAGCUCUUCACUGGGCAGCGUACAUGGGUCACCUGGAAGUUGUUGCCUUACUGAUUAAUCAUGGUGCAGAAGUGACUUGUAAAGACAAGAAGGGUUACACCCCACUUCAUGCAGCUGCAUCCAAUGGGCAGAUUAACAUUGUGAAACAACUCCUUAACCUGGGGGUGGAGAUUGAUGAGAUGAACAUCUAUGGAAACACUGCACUUCACAUUGCCUGUUACAACGGUCAGGAUUCUGUUGUUAAUGAGCUGAUUGACUAUGGUGCUAAUGUAAAUCAGCCUAAUAACAAUGGAUUCACCCCCUUGCAUUUUGCUGCUGCCUCCACUCAUGGAGCACUGUGUCUUGAACUACUAGUGAAUAAUGGGGCAGAUGUUAAUAUUCAGAGCAAGGAUGGGAAGAGCCCCCUGCACAUGACAGCUGUCCAUGGGAGGUUCACACGGUCGCAGACCCUCAUCCAGAACGGAGGGGAAAUCGACUGUGUAGAUAAGGAUGGUAACACCCCUCUGCACGUGGCUGCAAGAUACGGACACGAGCUCUUGAUCAACACCCUCAUAACCAGCGGAGCCGAUACUGCCAAGUGUGGGAUACACAACAUGUUCCCUUUACACUUAGCAGCACUGAAUGCCCACUCAGACUGCUGCAGGAAAUUGUUGUCAUCAGGACAAAAGUGUAGCAUAGUGUCCUUGUUUAGUAAUGAGCACGUGCUGUCUGCAGGCUUUGACAUAGACACCCCCGACAGCUUCGGAAGAACGUGCCUGCACGCGGCCGCUGCCGGAGGUAAUGUAGAAUGUAUAAAACUCUUACAAAGCAGUGGAGCAGAUUUUAAUAAGAAGGACAAAUGUGGAAGGACACCUUUGCACUAUGCAGCUGCAAAUUGUCAUUUCCACUGCAUUGAGACUCUGGUGACAACAGGAGCCAAUAUUAAUGAAACAGAUGACUGGGGGCGCACCCCUUUGCACUACGCUGCUGCUUCUGACAUGGACCGAAAAAGAAAGAAUAUUUUAGGUAACUCCCAUGAAAAUGCUGAAGAACUUGAAAGAGCCACUGAGAUGAAGGAAAAAGAAGCUGCAUUGUGUCUCGAGUUCCUUCUGCAGAACGAUGCCAACCCAUCCAUCCAGGACAAGGAGGGCUACAACACCGUGCAUUACGCGGCUGCCUACGGGCACCGGCAGUGCUUGGAGCUGAUUGGAAGCAAAACUCCAUUGGAUAUACGUGUGGCUCUAUUUUAUGAGAGUUUCCAGCUUCUGGAAAAAACGAACAAUAUGUUUGAGGAUUCUGAUUCUGCAGCUACAAAAAGUCCUUUGCAUUUAGCUGCCUAUAAUGGUCAUCAUCAAGCUCUGGAGGUGCUUCUCCAAUCUCUGGUGGAUCUGGAUAUUAAGGAUGACAAGGGACGCACUGCUCUGGACUUGGCUGCAUUCAGAGGACAUGCAGAGUGUGUGGAAGCUCUCAUCAGCCAGGGUGCUUCUGUCACUGUAAAGGACAAUGUCACCAAAAGGACCCCCCUCCAUGCCUCAGUCAUUAAUGGCCAUACCCCUUGUUUACGGUUGUUGCUGGAAGUUGCAGACAACCCUGAUGUGACAGACGCCAAAGGACAAACUCCGUUAAUGCUUGCAGUGGCAUAUGGGCACAUUGAUGCUGUUUCUUUAUUACUUGAAAAAGAAGCAUCUGUAGAUGCAGCUGAUCUCCUGGGAUGCACAGCUUUACAUCGAGGGAUCAUGACUGGGCACGAAGAGUGCGUCCAGAUGCUGUUAGAGAAAGAAGUCUCUAUUUUGUGUAAGGAUGCCAGGGGCAGGACACCUCUGCACUUCGCAGCAGCUCGGGGUCACGCCACGUGGCUGGGCGAGUUACUGCAGGUGGCACUCGCCGAGGAGGACUGCAGCCUGAAGGACAACCAGGGCUACACGCCCCUGCACUGGGCUUCCUACAAUGGUCAUGAGAACUGCAUAGAGGUACUAUUGGAACAAAAACUUUUCCACAAGUUCUAUGGAAAUAGCUUCUCUCCAUUGCACUGUGCUGUAAUCAAUGAUCAUGAAAACUGUGCAUCACUACUCAUCGGAGCCAUCGACGCCAGCAUUGUCAAUUGUGAGGAUGACAAAGGAAGGACGCCCCUGCACGCCGCAGCCUUCGCCGACCACGUGGAGUGCCUGCAGCUGCUGCUGAGCCACAGCGCGCACGUGAACGCGGCCGACCGCGCGGGCAGGACGCCGCUCAUGAUGGCAGCGCACAGCGGGCACGUGGGCGCCGUCGACUUUUUGGUGAACAUUGCCAAGGCUGACCUGACAUUAAAAGAUAAGGAGCUGAAUACAUCUUUGCACUUGGCUAGCAGUAAAGGUCAUGAAAAAUGUGCCUUGUUAAUACUUGACAAGAUCCAAGAACAGAGCCUUAUUAAUGCAAAAAAUAAUGCAUUGCAGACACCUCUUCAUAUUGCUGCACGAAAUGGCCUAAAGAUGGUGGUUGAGGAGUUGCUGGCCAAAGGGGCCUGUGUCCUGGCAGUAGAUGAAAAUGGUCAUACGCCAGCCCUGGCUUGUGCUCCUAACAAAGACGUGGCUGACUGCCUGGCACUCAUUUUGGCUACCAUGAUGCCUUUUUCUCCCUCCAGUUCAGUGACGGCUUUCAACUUCACUUGUUUUAAAAAAGACAAUUUGGGCAGGACACACCUCUGCGAUGGCUCCGCUGUGGGCAGCAUUAACUCUUACGAUAAGCCCUUGAGUAAUAACAUAGGAACAGAGGAUGGGUACAAUGAAAAUGAUUCGGAUUCUGAAACAUUUUGACUCGUUGGUAUUCGAAAACUUCUUUCGUUAUUAUUUCGUUUCAGCUUUAAUUUUUGUCUUUUUAAACAGCUUAAAUCCCACAGUUAUAUUCUUAACUAUUAUUCUUGACAAGAAGGUAUGGAAAGAUUUGUAGUGCUGAUGAGAAUCAAGCCUUUAAAUAACAAAAUUGAAGGGAUUUACUGGAACAUAUUCCUAUUAGAGUUCUGCAGCUUUUCAGUUUCCUGAUGUUUUCUUUAGGCCCAAAGUGCCCCUGUGAAAAGUCUCUACCUCUUAUUUUAAGUAGAAGAAGAGAAAAUGCCUUUUUUCUUUUUGACAGCACAAAUAAACAGGGAACUGCUUGUUCUUUCAUGUUUUAGCUGCACCUUUAGUGCACAAUCCUAUUUCCAGCAUAGCCUUUGAGCAUCAGAUUUGAGCAUCACCCCUUUCCUAUGUUUGUCUGUUUCCUGCUUCCAGGGGCUCUGUUAAUUAGAUAAUUUUUUUACAUGAACCAAAGGUAAAGUUGUAAUCUUAAAACUGCCUGUAUUACUUUUCUACAGGAAAUGAAACCUUUUACAUUCUGCCUGUAUUAAGCACUUAAACGUACAGAAGGCACUUUUUACAGUUCUUAGUUGCAGUACACAAUUAGAAAAAUGGAGUUGUUAACUCUAAAGGCCAAAUUCUGCUCAUCUCACCAUAUUUUCCCAUGAACAUCACUUCUGUAAAAUGCUAAUCACUUGGCCCUUGUUUUUUUUUCAAUUCAGCACAAAUGUUUAUUUGCACUACAGAAUUAGGGUCAUUAGAUUUUUCUGUCUCCUGAGCCAUGAAUCAUGAAUCCAGUACCAGAAAAAAAAGGGGAGAGGGAGAGAAAUCAGGUGUAGACAAAGAUGUACGUAAAAGUUUAUAAUGAUUUGCCAACUUAAAUGGCGCUUUUUUUCCUUUUCUAUGGUUAAAUAAUUUAUUUUUACUGUGAACAGUAUUGAAUUUUAAAGUACUUUUGCCAGUGUUUGGAUUAACAGAGCAAAGGCAAAGCAAUGAAAGCGUAACGCCAAAAGGUGAAAUACCAAACACCAGAAACAUUAGGGGGGACACAGAGAUAGAUGCUAAAAAGCCUUUUGUCACCAGCUUUUAAAGCAGUGUCAACUUUGUGAAUAUGUUUACUCCUUCUGCCAAAGUUUCUAGGUCAAAUGGACCCCGACCCUCCUCUGCAACAGAUGUACAAAAGGAAGAAUAAGACUUUGUAAACAAAAACAAAAAACACAAACAAAAAUCUGUCAUGAACUAACCAGCUGUACCAAGAGGACCAAAAUGCUUCAGUAAUUCAAUUGAAGACUUUGCUACUAUUAUUUUUUUGUUCAUAUGUGAGUCACAUAAUGAAGUAGUUUUUUCUAAAUGAUAAAAAUAUAAACUUUUGAGGUGAAAGUAGUCUUGGGUGAAUUUUACAUUUUAUGACACAGGUUUCAAGUUGACAUUUUUAACCGAUACGUGUUGACCACAGGUGGGUUUUUUUUCCCAGACUUAAGAAUAUGUUCAUAUAUUUUUAAUGUAGAUGUGUUUCUAUUUAUUUGAAAUGAAACAAAUGCCCAGGAAAAAUCACUAUGGCUUGUUCUCCUAGUUAGCAUUCAUGCAUACUGAAAUGAAAUGUGAAUCUGGCAAGACUGAGGGCCUGAGGAGCAAAAAAAAGGAAGGGUGGAUGCACACUGGGAGAGUGCCCAUCUUGUAUGGAAUGCAAAGGUCCACUGUCUGUGUUGGGGAAAAAGCUGAAACCAAAACACCUUCCUUUGUUUAAGAGCUUAAGAAGCUCAGACUUGCCAGACAGGUGAGAAAACCCACCCAGCUGUGGCAGAGCAUGGAGUCAGGCGUUCCUGUUCCUGUCACACUCAGCUCGUCUCAGGCCUGUGUCUGUGCUGGGAGGGUGAGAUGAACUUCCUCGGUGCUCGCUUUUGGCAGAGUAAAGAAAAAGUAAGGAUUUGAAUUUUAGUUGCAGUUUUUAGCCCUGUUCUGCUGGAUUGUUGAAAAUCUAUUGGCAGAUUUCAGUUCUUUAAUUACUAAAAAAAAUUUGAUAUAUUAAGUUUAUUUUGCCUUACUAAAAUUGAGCAUUUUUUCCUUAGCAAUCUUCCAAAGUUUACAGCUAAAAAAUCCCCCUUUUCUCUCAACUCUGUAGUUUCUACAGUAGAAUGACAGAGAACCUGAAACCUUGGUUUUCUCCUCAGAAAUAGCACCAAAUAGCAUUUUAAUUGGUUUUUCUCAGCAUUUUUGCUUUUAAAAGUUGCCGAAUAGCAAUAACCAUCAUACUUAAAACACUGGAAAUAAGAGGAGAGCGCAAUUGUUAAAAUUUUCAGUGGUGCCUGUUCCAAAAUUAACGGUAAUCCCAAAUUUUGGGGUUUUUAAUGUAGAAGGAUGGCAUUGAAAACAAACAUAUGGGAAAUAGCUGCCACCUGUCUAACAGCAGAAUCAGCAUUUUAAUCUUAUUUUAAGCAGAAAUGUAGGCAGGCUCCUUGGCAGGAUUAGUUGUAAGUCUCACCCUGAAAUACAGCAAAUUACGCUAUCCUACAUGACAGUGCUUCAUUAAGAGAAAACCAGCCCUCUUUAUAAAAAGUUGUUACAUUAUUUGAAGCAGCCAUUUUUAAAGUUUCAGUAUUUUCACCUGCUGCCCAUGCAGUUAUCAAAAAUUUUCCAAUGGCGAUACCUCCUAACACUGGUUAACUGUGUGGUGCAACAGCUGCUGCCUCUCAGUGCAUCCCAGAGGCAGAGGUGAUUUUUCUGAGUCACGCUGGUCCUUCCAGGAGCCAAAUCCAACCUUUAGCCAUGGAACCCCACAAUGCUGCCAGGAUGCAGCAUUCCAAAGAGCACAGGAUCAUACACUGUGCUCACCUCCAGGGCACUGCACAGGUCGUGUUUUGAGGGCGCUGGAUUUAGGAGGAAAACUGCCACGAGCGAGACACUCGGACGUGCUCAGUGUUGGCCUCUCCCACAUCUCUUGUGAGUUACCAGAAUCCCUUUUUUUUUGUAUGCUAGCACAUUAAUCUGUAAUUUAUCACAUGUAGAAAUCAGUGUGUAGUGUAGGGCAGGUAUACAAGCAUGCGAGUAAUGUUACUUUUGUAAAUAAUCUCCUUGCCUUUCUGUGGACUCCUUACAAGAGUAAUCAUACAGAAUCGUUGCACUUAACCCUGGAUCCUGCAGCUUACAGGAGGUGGACAACCUCUGUGUCUGCACCCAGCAGAGGGCACCUGGGGAGGGGCAGCUCCCUGCCCAGCUGUCCUGGCAGGAUCGUUUCAUCCUGUACUUUAACCACAGCUGCAGGUGGAAUCCAGAGCAGGAUGGGCUCCCAAGUCUCUCUCACAAAUACUGAGUCACAACCUCCGGACUGCCUGAAAUAGCUGUGAAAUAGCUCAGGGGAUUUCUGUUCAUCGCUACUAAAAGGGCACCAUAAUGUGUUUGGUACUUUUAUGCAGUCAGCAACUGCCAGGUUAUUGAAUUGGAACAAACACAUGAAAUGAAUUGUUUAUCCAUUGUACUGUUGAGAAACUUGGUUAUGUAUUUGAGGAUGAUUUAAAAAAAAAAUUGUGAUUUUUUUAUUCUUAGUCAUGUAAGAAAUAUUAGAGUGCCUUUUUAUAUUUGUGUAUAAUGGAAAUGUUUUGUGAAACUUGUCUCUUUUUUUUUUUUUCAUUUGAGUGUUAUAAAAGCAAUAUAUUACCAGUAAAUUUUCAUUUCAGACCUUCUUUGAAUGUAUAAAGUGUUUCUUCUUUUCAUAUGUUCUACCUGCAUUGAAAUGAAAAUUAAUAUGCUAAAUUUCUAUAGGAAUAAUGUAUAAUUUUCGCAGUGCUGAAAAUGCUUUCUUAUUACACAAAAAGUAAACUUAGGUCAGUGUUAUAGGAAAGGGCGUUUUAAACUAGUGACAAUCUUGAGUGUGUGUAUAAAAUGUAAUUUUAUGCAUUUCUUAUGCAGUGAUCUACAUAUUAAAGCCAAUAUCUUAUGUUUUGUAGGUUUUGUCUUAUAUUUUAUGCUUUAGCAUGUGCAAUAUAUCUUUACAAACCAUGGUGAUACGCAUCUGGUGCCAGUGUUAUAUUUUGCAUAACAUUUGUAAUAAACUAUAUAAAACAUUGUUUGAUGGUUUUGGUGGGGUUUUGUCGGUAUUGUUUGCUUUUGUAAAUUGAAGUUUAAGGACUUGGGUAAAUGUCACAUAUGAAAUGAGGAAAAAAAAACUUAAUUCAUUGAAUGACUUGGAAUUCAACCUGAAUCUUCUCGAGCACAAUUUAGUAACUUUUUAAACUACUGAAUGCUGUAUUAAUGUAAUAAAGAACCCUAACUGUAAACUACUCUUGCAAUGCAUUCAGAUGGUUAUUUUUACAAAUAAAAAUGGUACAAAUACAGUGGAAAA